CAGAGUGCUUCGUUGAAAAAGUCUGUACUACAGUAUAGAGUUGGAAACCAUUUUGUAGAAUUUGGGCUGGCUGAUUUUGCCAUAAUGACGGGACUGAAGUUCGGUGGUAGUAUCAUUUUACCUCAAGGUUCUUUUUUCCACCAAAAAGUUUUUGGUGGACAACGUUAUCUGCGUUUGGUAAACAUAGAGAAAACCUUUAUCAAAGAAUGCAAAGAGACCUGUGGCAGAUCAGAGACAAGCUUGAAGCUAGCCUAUUUGUAUAUUGUGUACGGGCUUUUGGUGAUGAAGGAUAGGACGCAGAAGAACGUCGAUCUUGGUUAUAUUCAUCUCAUGGAUGACCUUGAGAGGUUCCUUCGGUAUCCGUGGGGCAGAACAGCUUAUGAUUUCUUGGUCCCUCGUACGUAUAAUGCAAGAAAGCUCCUCGAUAAAAUGGGAACAACUGAAAAUAGGCUGACAGUAGAGGCUUAUGGUUUUGUGUACGCCUUACAGGCUUGGGCUUAUGAAAUUAUGCCAUCGUUGGCUGCCUUUUGCGGCAAGCGAUUGAUGGAGCAUGAGAACAACAUUCCAAGAAUGCAACAUUGGUCUGCUGAUUCCGGGUUUCACUUUGAUGACUUGUGGCCAUAUUUUUUACCUAGAUCCGGAAGGGAUCCGGUUCCCAUCAUUGUUUCUCCCACGGAAUAUAAGCUGAUGGAUGUUCUUGGUAUUCCUUCAACCUUGCAUCCCGCUUCACCCAUUCCUGUAUUUAAUGCAAAGAGUUUGGUACGAAAAAGACGUCUGACAUUUGAGGAAGAUGAGGCUGUUGGAAAAGAAGCUGCAAUCCAGAAUACUCCAAUGAAGAAUUCAGAACAUUUAAGCUUGGAUUCGUUGGGAAAUGUGGCUGUUGGAAAAGGCUAUGGAGAGAAGCCGUUGAUAAGCUUGGAUCCCCGCCGUUUCCCUCGUUUGGUAGGAAAAACAAAGAAUAUAGAAGCAAAGAAGGCAAAAGUUGAGGAUGAUAAUGCAGAAAAUCGAGCAUCUAGCCCUGCCCUUUCUAACAAUAGCGUGGAAAUUCUGAAUUACACUACGGUUGCUGAAAAAGCAAAGACUAAUAGCAAUGCCUUGAUCUUUUUGAUGAUGGAGUUGAUGGAGAAAGUCGAUAAGUUAGAUCAGAAAAUUGAUAAGCUAUUUGUUAAAGUUGAGAGUGGUACUACGACUCUACACGAUGAGGUGUUAGAGUGCCUCCGGUCUUACUUUCACCCGAAGGCAAGCGCAAACCCAAUAAAAUCUGGUGGAGAACAAUGCAGUAAACUUGAUGAAGGUUUGUUUGGCAAAAUAAAUGGAGAGUUUCCUUGUGAUGGAGGUGAAUUUGCUCGCUUUGCGAAUAUUAAAGAACUUAUUAAUAUGUGUAAAAAACACGAGCGAGAGGAGGGUUUUAGUAAUGACUUGUGUGGCAACGAAUUGAUGCAUGAAGAUCCACUGGCUAGGUCAAAAUCUGAAGGUUAUGAAGAAAAAAGCUUCUUUCCACGUACGAGUACAGGUGUUGGUAUAGCUUUGAAGAGCAAGGACAUAACUACAGAAAACAGCCAUGCCUAUACAACCAACUUCAUCCCGUCUCUCAAUGUUGGUUGCACAUCGGCGAACAUGGAAGUUGGUUCUGACCAAAUGUUGAUGGAACGCCUUAAAUAUGAUCCUUGUGAUUAUGACUUCAACUACUCUGAACUAAAUCCAUUCCUUCGAUGGCAGAAGGCUGCUUCUCUUGGAGAUCGGUAUGAUUUUUUUUUUUUGCAACUGCCCAUUCAUUAG